UAUUACGUAGUAUGCACGUCAUUAGGGUUUGUGACGUCAGUCGCUAGCGUGUAGACAUUUAUUUCACUUCCUCACGCCGUCAGAUGUUUAAGUGUUCAUUCUUUUUGUGCACAAAGCUUGCACUGGACCAUGUCCGGUGUUGGCGAGCUUUUGAGCGAAUCAAGGGAGAAAGAAAAGAGGUUGAGAAAGACGAAGGAGUUUCUAGCCAAGCAUCUCCAAGACCGUUUAUUUGUGGACUACUUCAAUGUUUUUCUCAACUUGCCGGUAUUCGGUCAAAGAAUGCUGAUUAAGCUGCAUGACGGAAACAUCAUUUUUGAUCCUCCAGUUUUCACAGCAGUGAAUCAUGACAGGAUAGUAGCAUGGAUAGCUGCGCGCAGGUUUCACCUGUUUACAAAGACACACCUCUUUCUGGAAUAUCAGCUGUGCCAUAAACUGCAAAACCUUGACUUUGAGCUGCGGUUCUAUGAUUCUGAUCGCAACAGGCGGACCCAUCAUGUACUGCAGGUGUUUGCAAACAACCUGCUGGGUAGCGUGGCUGGCAUGUACCUGUUCCGUGAGCACCUCCGGAACUCCUCCGGCUCGAAAGUUUUUGGGUGCUGGCUGCACGUGCAACGAUUCCGACAGACGCGCAACUUGACCAAACGACGCGAGAUAUUCCACGAGAUCCAGCAGCGCUAUCUCCAUGCUACUGCGUGUGACAAGCUGUCCAACAGGCUGUGCAAAGUAGUGGCCUUGGAGCUCCUGUCUUUUCCUGUGGUGCCACAUUCUGAAACGGAGCUGUCAGCGCGACUUACGACUGAUCACUAUGUGCCCUCAUGCGAAGUCGACCUGUCGUCACCUAAGGCCUUGGGACUGGUGCAUCGAGUGCUUCUGGAAGCCUUGCGCGCUUACUGGGCUCCUUGUUACGUCAUGCACGUGUUCUCCACCCAAUCCUUUUCGAUGCUAAAGGAACUGUUUAGGGUUCCAAAAGGGACAGAUCUGAAGAUGCUGAUUAGAAGAUGUACCCUUUUCAAAGUCUCGGGUGACCUAGGUUCAUCUCCAAAACAUGAUGCCUUUUCCGGUAAAGACGACUUGAACAUGCUAUCUUCUUCAUCGAUAUUGUUGACAUCAUCUUCAUAUUCCACGCAUAUCACGAGUAGUACCCAGGAAAGAACGCUGACCUACCUCCCCUAUUUGCAAUCAUCAACCGAACCAUCGGAAAUUUCGGCGCUAACAAUUGGGCAUGGUCACCUAGCGACCAGAGAUCAACUGCAUCCUGAGGAUACAGGUGUCCUUGUGCCAAAACUUCCAAGUAUAGAGAAAACACAAGGAAGAGACUCUCAGUCUCAGGGCGACACCAGUGAAGAGAACCGAACAGAGACGUGUGUUGUAGAAGAGCUGCUGGACACAGAACGCUUUUGCGACUUUCCUGAACAAGAAACUAGACGACAAGAGGAGGAGAAGGAAGGUAAGGUGUCAGACGAGAUGGAAGAUGGCGACGACAGUAAGGUCAGGUUGAACCUGAUGAGACUGGCCCUGAAAGAGAUGGCCCUCAAACCCGAACCCAUGCUUUACUUCAACCAGCUGCUGCGGCAUUACCUCUUCGGCUAUCGACACCUGGACCAAGAGAAGCCAGUGACUGACAGGCGAACCCUGUGCCUGCUGGCUUGCGACGACUUGGCCGGCAGUCCGUUCCGUUCUUACCUGCGUGGUCAGGCCCAGCAGCUGUAUUUGAGCUACUUUGACUUCUGGUCAGCUAUGCGCCGAUAUCAGCAGUUGCAUGAUCUUAACCAAAUGGGGGAAAUUAUGGACGCAAAGAACUGCUCCAUGAUCGCCGACGCGCACAGACAACACAUCCGUUAUAUGGUAAACAGAUUUCUAAUGGGCAGUGGUAUUGAUGCCAGCAUCUUAGAAUACACUAUUCGUGUGAGUCUUCUUGAGGACAUCAGAAAAGCCAAAUGGUCACCACUCAUCAACUCAACAUUGGACGUCGUGUCCAAUGUACUCAGUAUCCCCAUGACGCAGUUCAUCCUUUACGACAGACAAGAUUUUCGAAAGCACGCGAUGGAUUCAAGCAGCCCUUUGCUCAACUUAGAACAGGAUUCACAAGCUGAGGACAUAAUGUCAUCGAUACCUUCUGUCCUGCAUUCUUUGCUAAAGCGGAGAAGCAAGGCAGCUUCAUUGCGAACAUUUACUGAUCGCCGCUGUCUCUCAGAUCCCUGGAGAGAGGAUCCCAAACACGAUCCAGAUGGAGACAUGGAAUGUCUGCGACCCACAGAUCCUCGUGGCACGAUGUAUGACGGCGUUGUGGGUGUCCUGGGCGAACAGCAUCGCUUGUUGUCCUUUCAGUUUCUUAUCGUCCUGCGAGAAGAUCUGCCAGACGCACAGGUCUGUGAUGUGGCUUCUUUGGCAAGAAUUGUGCGGUCUGACUAUGGUAGCCUGCACAUUCCUUUCUCGGCUCCGGUCACUCACAGAUUUUUGGCCAGUCUUCGACCAAAGCAGCGAAUGUCGAGGGCGACUUUACUAAAACCAUCGCCGUGGAUGGAAGAAGAAGAUGUAUUUCACCCCGUUAUCAAGAGGCUGGGGCUUAUGCAGUCUUUAACAAUGGACGAACUCCUGAAGACUAGAAGAAACAGAAUGGAAUUGGAGCUUAAACUUCCACCUACACCAAGAAAAUUUAUGGACAUCUUAGCAGACGAGACGCAGUUCAUUGUUUUUAAGAAGUAUUUAGAGCUGAAGGGUCAAUUGAAAGUAGUCAACUUUGUCGAGGAUGUGCAGGACGCCUUGCGGCUCAAGCAUCAAACAGAGAGGGAUACAAUGGUCGCCGGCAUCAUAGAAAAGUUCAUCGGGCAUGAUACAAGAAUUCUAACUUUUGGCAAAGACAAACCUAUGAUAGUUACGAUUGGUGGGAGUCCCAACAUGGAAAACCUGCGUUCAGCUCAGUUAUCCUUGGAAAAACAGAUAGAAGAGAGAUGGUUUCAGACGUAUGUGGAGGAGCUAAAGCAACGUAAUUUGGAUUUGAGCUUUCUCGACCAACAAAGGAAUAAAGAAGACUGGCUACAAAACUAUCUUUUGGAACUUGAAGAAAAAAAGAGAAGAGAGGCGGAAGAGAGAAAAAAGAGAGAAAGGAAGAAAAGAGAGAGCGAAAGGAAGAAAGGAAUAAGGGAAGAGAAAAAGCAAAAAAAAGUCAAGAGAGAUAAAAGACAAAAAGAUACAGAUGGCACUGUUUUAGGUGAGGGUAAGAAAAGGCGAGAGCCCAUCCGAGACUUAAAGGAGAUAAAAAAUAAGAAAGGCAAGAAGGAAAUAGAAAGAAAAGAAAGUAAAGACACAGCUGAAAGUAGUGAAAGCUCAGACAUCAUUGAAGAGAAGGAACGUUUUAGAGAGAGAGAGAAAACACCACGAACUAAGAAAGUAAAAACUGAAAAGGAGCGCCAGGACAAGGAAGACAACACAGCUGAAGCACAUUCUUUACCUGAACCUGCUGUUAAAGACAAAAGGAACGAUAAUCGUGAGGCUGAGAAACAGGCAGAUGAGAACAAAGGAGUCGGAGACAGAGAUGAACGAAAAUUUAAGGACCAGGAAGAUGAAAAUGAAGAAAUAACAACUGAAAUUGAAAGUGAAACUGAAACUGAAGAAGGAAAGGACAGCGAAGCCAAAAAAUCCAAACAGGAGAUGAUGGACAAGAAAAAGCAAACCUCUGAAGGUUCUGAACAAGAGAAAGCACCGAAAAGGAAAAGUGUAGAAGACGAUGAAAGAAAAAGUCAGGUUCAAAUAUUGAAAGAAAAAGAAGAAAGAGAAAUGAAAGAGGAGGAUAAGAGAGAAUUGAAACAGGAAAACCUUUUAGAGGAAAAAGAAGAAAGAGAAAUGAAAGAGGAGGAUAAGAGAGAAUUGAAACAGAAAAACCUUUUAGAGAAAAAAGAAAUGAAAGAGGAGGAUAAGAGAGAAUUGAAACAGAAAAAACGUCAAGAGGAAAAAGAAGAAAGAGAAAUGAAAGAGGAGGAU